AUGGCGUCGUUCCUUAGCUGUCCUACUGAGCUCGCAGAUACCAUCCUUGAGCAAGUGUCAUUUCGUGACCUUACUGCUGUGAGCCUCGUUAACAAGAAGCUACACAAAUUCGCAACGCCGCAUCUUUAUUCACAAGUCAACUUCACCAUCUAUCGAGAUAACCCGCGCCCUAUAAUGCAUCUCGCCCGGACUAUAUUCAAUAAGCCUGAGCUAGCAAAACUCGUUAAAAGUGUGCGUUUGCGCGAUGGGGAGGAGAGUAUUCAGAGUAUGUGGGAGCCGGGAGAUUGGUACGGGCAAUACAAAGUGCCUCUGGCUUCUCCGCCACACCCGGCAGCAGAUGAUGGGUUACCUGAGUUUGUCUCAUUUAUUGCGGAAUCUGGUCUCUCGUACGCCGAUAUCUGGAUAGACAAACUCCAGGUGGGUGACCUAAAUGCCUUCGUUGCCCUGUUAAUCUCCAAAUUACCUAAUCUCGCACGUUUUCGUGUUGGGUAUGCGGCUAUCCUACCUUUCCUCGGGACGAGGACAAGCGCGAAAACCAAACCAAGGAUCGUUUAUGACGACGCCUUUCUAGGAAAGCUUUUCCAAUCUGCUGUUUUCGAUACAUCGAAUCACGGGCUCUCUCGAUUCGAGCACCUAGAAGAGAUCUUUUUCCCUGGACCUCUAGAAUCGGACCCUGGCCCAAAUCCAGAUUUUUGCCAUCCUCAAGGCCUAUUUACUCUUCUUAACCUUCCGUCCAUGCGCAGCAUUUCAGGUUGGUGUUUCAACCCUAAGACGUUGCCGUUCACCUGGCCAUCAGGCCUACCAGACCUUACCAAUCUCACGUCGCUAUCUCUAAAAUACGUUCACAUUAAUUUCCUUGCACAAGUCCUUGAAAGAACUCGGAAUCUCAAGACGUUGAGCUGGGAGUGGUUCUACAUACCGGAUUACGGCGAUCAGUUCAAUACGGACACGCUUAACCUCGACAAAUUUGUCGAAGCGUUGAUGCCGGUGCAAGAGACUCUCGAGGACCUGACAAUCAAAUUCACCAACUGCAUGGGGACGUGGGAUCCCGACGUCCAGCGUAUCAAUGUCACAGGGUCCUUGAAUGGUCUUCAACAGUUCACUGGUAUCAAGCGAUUCUGGGCACCGUUCCAACUGCUGCUUCCGGACUGGGAGUCCAAUGCAAAUUGGGCCCGCCGGCUGGAAGACAGUCUGCCACGCAAUGUUGAAGUCGUCACAGUCACAGAUUCUGUUGCAUCAACAGAUGGUUAUCCGUACGAUGAACCUGACGAGUUCGCUUUUCUCGGGCGCUGGCUCCAUGAAACGGCAGCGACGAGGACGCCGCACCUUAGCGAGGUCAUUGUCUAUAUGUCGGAUAGGUCCGGCUUUCUUGAGUCUUACGAAAGUUUUGAUAUGGUCCACCAGGCAUUUGAGGGGACGAAUGUGAAGUACAGAAUUAUCGAUGAGGAUAAGGAGGUGCGACUAUGGGAAGUUGUAUGA